UCUCUUUGUACACCGCUCAUAACCAGCCCAUUCCUGUGCUAACAUCGUUGUGAUUUUUUUUUUAUUUCAUUGUUUCUUCUUUUUUUUUUCGUGUCAUUCUUUUUCUUCUUUUUCUUCAGUCCACUCAUUAUGCGAAGAGCUCAAUGGCUAUCAGGAUGGGUGGAAAGUACUAGUGAUUUUACUAGCUUUCUUUUCCAGGUGAAGAGAAAUCAAAAAGAAUGUUGAUGAUAGCGCUGUCGGUUGGCUGCAUUCUCCUUCUGACGCUAGGCAUCGCUACGGCUACCGGCGCUUUGCAGUUCGGUUCAAAGGGCGGAGGGGGCGAUGGGGGCGACGAGGACGGAGAUCAAACUGUCAAUUACGAGGACUUCGGCACGGGCAAUCCUACGACGACAACUACGACGACGACCACGACAACUACCACGACGACGACCACGACAACUACCACGACAACUACCACGACGACGACCACAACCACGACAACAACCACGACCUCGACGACCACCACAACUACGACGACGACGACGACGACGACAACCAAGUAUCCCCUUCCACAGAAGACCAUCACUUGCGUUGCACGUUGGACAGACAAGGCAUUCUUUCCACCGGAUGGCCUAUGUAACAUCCUUUUAUUUACGCAGUCGUCGCCUUUCCCGUCUUCAGAGUCACUGUUUGCACAGUUCCUUGCAAAUGCUCAGAGUUAUCGAUGGACUUAUCAUGGGAUAGACAUAGAGGCCUCCGCUGCUGCCGCCGCUUACCGGCAGCUGACGUCCGUCACCGGUAAGCGGGCGCUGCAGACGUACUGGACGGGUAAGAUAUCUGUUGUCUCUGUCUUUGACCUGGACCUGACAACAUCCACCAGUGACACUCAACUCACCAGCAUCAUCAAUCUGCUGAAGACAAUCGAUUCACUUCAGAUAGAAUUCAGAAGAUACAGAAAUGUGUACGGGUACAUUAUGUUCGGCGCCGCGCCCCUGUUUAAGGGGAGAAAUGACUACAGCGUUACGAACACUUUGAAGACAAAGUUUCAGCGGGUGAUAAACGAGGCCAGACCCGACUUGGUGCUCUACAGAACAGCCCUCCUACGAACUUUAGUGAACGACCCCAACUGCCACGAAACUGGUAGUACUGCGUGGGAAAACUCUCCUCUGCCCAACAUUCAGGCGUCAUUCGUUGAGGCCCUUGCAUUCAGGAACCGUAUCAGCCUGCGGCCGACAACAAGAGAGGCGCUAGCGUUUCACUUGGGAGGUCGCUGGAGUAAUUUUGGAAGUGAUCGCUUCACGUCGGCUGAGCUCAAGUUGCCGCUAGUGAUACCAACCCAGAAGGUAUGCAAGUGGAGUGGCUCAGGAUCGAGCCUUCGCUUCCUCUGCUAUGAUCCCAAUGAUAAAGACUUCUCUACCAAGAGGUUCGUUGUCUACCACUGUCAGGGUGGACAGGACAUCAUCGACCAGACGAGAGUGUUACGGUUGUUGCGUGCAUAUGACGACUGGGUGCUCGCCGUUGACACAAAUGUCACAAUGAGAGUUAAGAUGUGCAAGGCAAGACAACAGGGCUUUCACGGUGGCUACGUCAUGUUCGGCUUGCAGGACAUUAUCUACAAGGGUGUUCUAGAAGGGAACUCUUGCAAUGACACCUACAGCGAUGGCUACAGGGAUAUUCGCCACGUCAAGGAAUACCUGAACGACAAUUUUCGUGUGUGCCCAACACUACAAAAUUGGAGGAAACGUUCCGGCGACUGUUCGUGAAAUAAAUUCCGGCCCUGACGAUCA